AUGCGGUGGACGUCAGCGAUAGCGCGCCCUUUGCGGCAGUCAGCUACAAGUGUUGUUCGACAAUCGCCUAGGAGGGCUUUUUCCAGUUCGCCCAGUGCGCAGGCAGUAUGGGGCUUCAUUGGACUCGGCCGGAUGGGUUAUCCUAUGGCGAAGAACUUGCGCGCAAAGCUGCCCGUCGACGAUCAACUCAUCGUGUUCGAUGUCAACAAGAAUGCAUCCUCCCAGCUUAUGGAAGAGGGAGGUGAGGGUGUCCGCGUUGCGGAUAGCGUGCGAGAAGUUGCCGAGAAAGCAGAAACCGUCAUCACAGCGCUGCCAGAACCUUCACAUGUGCGAGGGGUGUACAAGUCCAUGCUGGAACCGGCAACGCUGCUAAAGGACGGCGUCGCUAAAGAGCGUCUGUUCAUCGAUGUUUCCACCAUCGAUCCGAUGACUUCGCAAUCGGUAGCAGAAAUCGCCCAGUCAACCGGCCAGGGCAAGUUCAUCGAUGCUCCUAUGUCCGGGGGUGUUGUCGGCGCACAGGCCGGCACGUUAACAUUCAUGAUCGGCGCACCGCCAGAGCUUGUCGAUCGAGCGAAGGAGAUCCUCUCGAUGAUGGGGCGGCGAAUACUGCAUCUCGGCGACCAAGGCGCCGGCCUGAAGGGCAAGCUGGCCAACAAUUACCUGUUGGCUCUAAACAACAUCGCGACCGCCGAAGCCAUGAAUAUGGGUAUUCAGUGGGGAUUAGAUCCCAAGGCGCUCGCUGGCAUGAUCAACACGAGUACAGGCCGGUGUUGGCCGAGCGAGGUGAACAACCCAGUGCCUGGCGUCAUCGAGGGCGCGCCGGCUAGCAGAGGGUAUGAGGGCGGGUUUGGAGUGAGCCUGAUGAAGAAGGAUCUCGGUCUGGCUCUGGCGGCGUGCAAAGACGCAGGCGUGAAGCUUGGUCUGGGCGACCACGCCAUGAACCUGUAUAAUGAGGUGGAGGCGGAUCCGAACUGCAAGGGCAAGGACUUCUCUGUUGUAUAUAGAUAUCUUGGCGGGAAAGAAUAG